GCAAGGUGAUGGCCAAAUAUUUUUCCCGUUUACGGUUAAGCCGAUAUAUUUCUGCGGGUCGGAUGUACUAUCAACAAACAUGGAGCCUUUGGGUGGACUACACGGACACACUAAAGAAGAAAACGAGGAAUUGAGUCGGCAGAGAACAGCGGGACUGACAAAGCUACAGAAGAUUGGAUAUGUGCAGCUGUUUAUUGGAGUUGUUGCAUGCGCUAUUGGAAUCACAUCCCUUGUUUACGGUGUACAAGACAUCCCACACUGGCCAUAUCUAGCCGGAUUUGGGUUAUGGAUUGGCAUUCUGGAGCUGAUCAUCGGAAGUUGCGCAAUUUUAGCAGGCGCUGAAGGGAUCGGAAAAGAGGAAGUCAGCACAAAGCUUAAAGCUUUUGUAAUGGUAAACUAUAUCUUCAGCAUCAUCAGUUUUUCUCCUUGUAUCCUUUCGAUGGUAUGGAGUGGCAUAGGUAUCAGCUGGUGUCAGAACGAAGGCGAUAUCAAGAACCAUUUCAAAUGCCUUUCUAACGCGGACGGCAAGAUGGGCACUGGUGUGGCCACGAUUGUGAUAGCGCUCAUUGCAGGGGUGUUCAGCAUUUUUACCGCAAUCGUGUUCUGUUGCUACGGGAAGACGUUUGGCUUUCAAUCAAAGCGAGAAUGUCGCCUGCAACGACAGGUACAAUUUUUGACCACGCAGUUGCAGUCGACACAACAAAGUUGCCCGCCCGUCGGUGCGCCAGUUGGUCAACCAGGUCGGGACACGAAAUACUACCAGUGGGAACAGAAGAAUUGAGUUUAGUCUAAUGCCGGGCAGUAUUUAAGGAGGUGCCUAGCAGGAGCAGCCCCAUGAACAGUUACCUCAUACCCUAAAAAAGUGUCCUUAUAUAUUUAAAAGGGUGUUUUUACUUUCUCUCUUGCUGUACAAGAUCCUAUGUUAUUGUGCCAAUGAAGCCCCUCCCUAAUUAAUUUAGGCUGGGUACGGCAUUGAAUUUUUUCUUUCGCGUUAUUUGACAUUUACUUGUCACAGUUUAUAAGAAACAAUAUGCCUUCUUUUCCAACAUUCUGUUGGUAUAUAUUAUAUAUAUAUAUAUAUAGAGAGAGAGAGAGAGAGAGAGAGAGAGAGAGAGAGAGAGAGAGAGAGAGAGAGAGAGAGAGAGAGAGAGAGAGAGAGAGAGAGAGAGAGAGAGAGAGUUUAUAAGUUUUAUAUUUAAUUACCAGCAUUAAUGAUUGUAUUCCGACUGAUUCAUUAACAAAUUGCAUAUUAAAGUUUAUUGUUAGUCUU